UUCAGCAGAUCUACAUGAUACAUGGUUACAGUACCUAAAUGUGACGUAGACAAGGAUAUAAAAAUACAAAAAUAGUCAAAUAUUGUGCACAUUCCCAUUUUGAAGUAAAAUAAUGUUGUGUGCGUAUAAAACAUUGUUGUCGAACAGAAGAGUUGUGUUGGCUAGUACGUCUGAACGCAGGAAAGAAAUAUUAGGCGGGCUGGGUUUUCCUUUUACUGUUGUGCAGUCUUCUUUUGAUGAGGACAAGAACAGACCAAACACAACUGAUCCAAAGGAGUUCACACAAUGGACAGCAUCCCAAAAGGCCUUAGCAGCCGUGGAGGACUUGAAAAAUCACUGUAAUCCACCAGAUUUUGUUAUAGGAGCUGACACAGUGGUAUUCCUAGAUGAAGUGAUUUUGGGGAAACCGACAGACUCAGAUCAUGCUGUCGAAAUGCUGAAAAGAUUGAGUGGAAAGGUACACUCAGUUGUAACAGGCCUCAGUAUUCAUUACAAAUCACAAAAUGGAUACAAAGAGAGGUUGAUAUCAGAAGUAACUCGAGUCAAGAUGGCCACACUGAGCAACCUCAUAAUAAACAGUUAUGUGGAAUCAGGAGAGUCACUGGGUAAAGCAGGAUCAUAUGGAAUCCAAGGGCUAGGUGGAAGUCUGAUAGAAGCAAUUGAUGGAGAUUAUUAUAAUGUUGUGGGUUUUCCACUUCAUAGAUUUACCGCUGAAAUGAUUAGCAUCAUACAAGAGUCCAAAGAGCCACACAGCUAACCCGUCAGAAACUUCCUCCCAUAAAAUAAGGCUUUCUUUUCAAAAGCUGGGGAUUUUAUUGGAGUGUUCAUUUCAUAAAAUGGAUUCAUGGAAUGCUUGAAGAAAAGAAAAUGUUAACAUAAUCCAUAUAUACUUUUAAAUGAUCUUUGUUACCUUAAUAUAAGUUUCAUACAUCUCCAUGAAAUAGUUUUUGAUGCCAUCUUCAUUCUUUACAUCAUGAAGCAUCAAAAAUCUCAUUCUACUAGCUGUUACAAAGGCUGAUACAAACCAUUCAUUGAACUUGUCAACAAUUUUUAAAUAAAGUGCAUUGGUCGUCCACA